AUGUCGACCGUGAAGGUAAUUAGAGCGCUUGCAGCAACAUGGAACGUGCCAGCCAAACACGGGGACAUUCCAAAGGCCUACGUUCGCCAACUCGGAUCGAAGGACAAGAACGGUGUCGUGUUGCAGAUCAAGAAGAGUUUGUAUGGGUUGAAGAAGGCGGGACGCCUGUGGAGCCAGUUGCUCCACUCAAGCCUCACCGAUGCCGGCUUCCUACGAGCGUACGUCGACGAUCUCCUCGUGGCCGGCACCAGCACUUCCGUUGUCGAUCGUUUCUUUGUGAGCUUGUCGACACUUGCGAAUAAAGAUCUCGGCGAAGUAAGCAAGUUUCUGGGAAUUCGCGUCACGCGUGACGGCUCAAGCUACGCGCUAGAUCAAGAGUAA